UAUACAUGUCAUCUUCAUCUCAUUUCUUAUGUUUCUUCUUUGUCUAAGAUGAGUCGAUUGGCAGAUUUUAUGAUUUUGAUCGGAUUUGACCGAAUCUGAAUUGAUAGCCAACUAGUUCAUGGCACCCGGUGAUUUAUCUGGUCCAGGUUGAACCGAUGAGACCGUUCUGGUCCAACCUGAGUUGAGAAUCAUGUUUAACCCACAAGCCCACAACCAACAAAUUUUAACUUCAUUAUAAUAGUGUUGGAUCAAACAUAAUAUUUGGCUAGUUAAGUUUUUUCGUACAACUAAGGAAGAUCACUUAAAAAUCAUUCUGCUUAUCUUUCAGUCUUCUUCCUUCCGAGCUCCUUCUCUGGAGGAGAUGCGUCUCUUGUUAUCUUCUAAUGCUUAAAUCUUCUUGCCGACGAAUUUCACCACCGAUCAGAUCUCAGAAGGGCCAUUAUUGGAAUUCAAUUCCAUGAUCUGAAUAUUUAGGGUUCUGGUUUCAAUUUUUCUACCGGAGGAUCGGUUCGACUAAUUGAGAAUGGCGUUGGCGGUAAUCGAGAGCUCCGUCUGGUUGCCGAAUAUUUCGCUCUUUGUCUUCAUUUUCGUUUGCUGUGUCUUCUCCAUUAGCCUGUUACCUAAAGCCUCCAAGGGUAGUCGAUCCGCUGGACCCUUGGACAAUGUCGCUUCUUCCUCCUCCUCUGCUUUCCUCCGGUUCCAGCGCAAGUUUCUGCUCAUCUAUUCUCUAGCCUCAGUCAUGGAAGGGUUGUGGGCGGUGUUUGGAGAAUACGAAUUGUCAUUCCAUGGAGUCAGUAAGGAGCAGAUGGUGACGUCUCUGUGUGUCGGUUAUGUAGCUGCCCUGACUGUUGGUACCGGCUUGGGAAUGGUUUCUGAUUCAAUUGGUCACAAGAAAGCCUGCUUGAUCUUUUGCACUCUGCAUCUCUUUGUUGGUUUGUGGAAGAAAAUUUCACCUCACCCAAGUCUCUGGAUGGCAAGCAUAUGUUUGUCCCUUGCUACCUCAAUAUUUUCCUUCAGUUUCGAGGCCAUGCUUGUGGUCGAAAAUGAGAAGCAAGGAUUCAGGCAAGACACUCUGAGCGACACUUUUUGGCUGAUGACUUUCUUCGAGUCUGUAUCAUUAAUUCUGAGCCAAGUGCUUGCCAAUUGGCUUCUCGGAAGUAAUUUGGGGAAAGGUAUGGUAUCUCCAUCAACUGCAGCCAUCUUUCUAUCAGUGAUGAGCAUCAUCAGUGUCGGCAAUGGCUGGAAGGAAACCCCAAAAGCUACAGUAGCCAAAGAUUAUAAUGUGUCUUAUGCACAUAUUUUCAAAGACAAACGGAUAUGGCUCCUGGGAUUUGCACAUGCUUCUCUUCAUUUCUCCAUUGCUAUUUUUUGGAUUUUGUGGGCCCCGACUGUAGUGGCUGAUGGACGAGAAGCACAUCUAGGUUUGGUUUAUCCUUGCUUGUUGGGUGCAAGAAUGUUGGGAAGCACAAUAUUCCCAUGGCUAUUGACCGGUCCUUCAUCUCUUCGUACAGAGGAUUGUCUCAUAUACGCAUAUAGCGUUCUGGGAAUCUCCUUGUCUGUAAUAGCAUAUGAUUACCAGGAAAUUGCAGUUUUGGUGUCCCUGUUUUGCUUAUUCCAUGCGGUUGUGGGCCUGAUCAUACCUUCUCUUGCAAGAUUGAGGACAAUGCAUGUGCCGAACGAGUUACGUGGAGGGAUGAUCGCACUUUCACUAGCUCCUGCAAAUGCAGGCAUACUUUUUUUGUUGGUGCAAAGAGGAUACUACCAGAGCAUUGAGAACUCGACAAUGAUUGCACUUGCAUCAGUUGGGCUCUUCACAUCAGCUGGUUGCAUGCAUCUGUUGAAGCAGUGGGGGAAGCAACCUUACCAGAACUGGCAUAAGAUGUGAUUCUUCUGGAUGCAUCGUUUUCUAUAUGCUGAAGGACUCGGAACCGAAGUGGGUAUGCUGCAGCUGCUGGCAUCUGGUCUCUUUGCAUUGCAAGGUGGUGAUAUCAAGAAGUGGAGAAAUGCAAUGUUGGAUAGCUCCAAUGCCGAGAAUGAUGGAGCAUACUGUUUUUCAGAACUCUCUUACUUUUGGACGGAGCUAUAGUUGAAUUAUGAGUGAACAAGUCGUCGUGGGGGAUUUUCGUUCUUGGGAUUCUGCAGCUAUGAAGAAGGAACAUAUAGUGAAUGAAUCCAACAUAAACAGGUGCAUGGGAGUGGAUGCCACAAGAUACGGCCUGCUGAAGCUGUAACUUCGGGUUAGAUCAGGAGAUUUUUGUAAUUUAGUUUUCAACUUAUUUUUCAUGGUUGUGUGGAUCAUGUCUUCUGUUGAGAACUAGAGUUGCGGACGAUAGGAAUAGUUGCCAUAUUGAUUGUAUUUUGUAUCUAUUAUUGCCUUUAGGAGCAAAGUUUUGAAUGAUUGCAUUGACUAGGGCCAAAUUUCGCUCCAUAACUUAAAACAGAUGGGAUAAAAGAAGGAAAUAACUCUAUCCCAUGGCGAAGGUAAAUCUUUGCCUAACUGAUCAAGAUGUUCCUAAUCGUAAGACGGCACUUAGGGUGUCUAUGACAAAUUUGCAACUUCACUGAAUGGAUGGACUUUAAUGAGAGUCACUUAAUUCAGUGUUUCGAAAUUGAACUUGUUUCUAUUUUUAAUUUUUUUUUUUUAAGAAGUUCAACCCUUCUUUUUGUUUUGUUAUAGUUGUUCUCUUCCUCAAUCUUUAAGACGAGUAAGAGUUCUGAAUAACGUUAUUUAUUUAUUUAUUUUUAUUUUUAUUAUUAUUGAUUCAAGAGGAAAAGGCAAGUAGAGUUACAGGUGGAAGCGAGAGAUGGAUGUACCAGGACUAUAGUCCUGGUUUACAAUGUUUCUAGCAAAACACACUCCUUCAAUGUCUUCAAAAAUAAUCUGUUGGAGUUUAGUUAGAGGGUUCAUAAUUUCAUACAACCCAAAAGAAUAGAUGAGACUAUGCUUCGAGCAAGUCCGCGGCUCUAUUUUCCUCGUAGUACGUAUGAAGAAUCUGAACCAACCAUCCCGGAGCCAACUUUUGCUUGAUAGCAUCCAAAAUGCUAACAUGGGGGUGGAUAAGAUCUGUAGGGUGGGAUAUCAACUCAAUAGCUAUCCGAGAAUUAGUUUCGAGAAUGAUACGUCUUUGUCCAAUUUUCCAAACUAGAGUGAGACCUUCAUGAAUUGCCCAGACUUAUGCCACAAUUGAUGUGAUACUGCCUAUCCUGAAGAUAAAUCCUUUGACCCUUCUCUCAUAUGAAUCUCAUAGUAAACCUCUUGCCUUUGUUGUACCUAUGUUGCCUUGUGAUGCCCCAUCUUGAGUUUAAUUGGUCCAUCCUAUCGGUGGAGGAGUCCAUCCGAUUUGAGCUUGUAUCACAUAUCUAGUGGGACUUGUGAGCGGUUUAGUUGGAUCGUCAGUGAACUCCAAGAUGUUGUCAAAGACUGUUGUACUCAAGAAAACAUUGGUGAGCAU